AAAAGACGUUAUGGCCAUUCCAAUAGUCAUCAGUUCAGUUUGGUUCUUUGCAAAACAGUGUCUCAGCAGAUUUGAGAGCAUAAGCGAAAAAGGAUUAGUUCGUUCUAGAAGUUAGACCGUUUUUAGUUACAAAUAAUAACCAUGAAGUGCUUCAUUGCCAUUGUCCUGCUCGCGGUUGCCGUUAGUGCAUCGCCCAUCGAUUACGGACACUAUGGUGCCCCAGCUCUGCUGCAUGCCCCAGUCCUGCACGCUGCUCCAGUUCUGAAACAUGUCGUCGCCGAACCAGUCGCCUACCCGAAAUACUCGUUCAACUACGGAAUCAAGGAUCCCCAUACCGGAGACAUCAAGUCCCAGGCCGAGGAACGCGACGGUGAUGUUGUCAAGGGACAAUACUCGCUGGUCGAACCGGACGGUUCCGUGCGCACUGUCGACUACACCGCCGAUGACCACAACGGAUUCAACGCCGUCGUGCACAAGUCCGCCCCAGCUGUCCACAAGGUUGUAGCCCCAGUUGCCUACCACGCUCCGGGUCCACUGCUCAGCCACUACGUCCACUAAGUGCCUAACUAGAUACUAUAAGGGCUACGAGCGGAGUUUGGCUCCGGCUAGGGAGCCGAACGAAGCCCUCCCCGCUUAGUCACUCUCUCACUCUGUCUCUCUCAAAUAAACAAACAAACAGAACGAAAAUGCCAAGCAGACAACUGUCUCCGCCAAGAAGCUUCAACUCUUCAGUCGCGAGCCGACCUCAGCAAAGUGAGGCGCCGCCACCACAAGUAACUACUACUCACUCGUUUAUCGUUAAGCUACAACGGAUCAUACGCGCACAACUACGCACCCACAAAGCCCGCUAUCAUCGAAUGUAAUCGUUUAUAUAAUUGUUAAGUUAUCAUCGAACUAUUCGCACUCUCGAAUUUAGCCUGCUAUAUAUCUCAAACACACAGCCUCUUCGACACGUUUCUCGCCCACCUGCUGGCUGCGAAACCUUUUUCUUUUUUCGCUCUAUUUCACCUACAUUUUUCCGUGACCUUCACCUAUCGACGUCCAGUAAUGCGGAACGCGAAAACGCACACUUUCACUCUCACUCCCGGCAAAAGUGCCAAACACCGGAAUUGCACGUAUCAAAACAAACCAGCAAAGCGUCACGCCGCUUGCUGCGACCGGGUUUAGCAAAGCACGUGCUUUUGCGUGCAACAUUCCAAACCACUCACACUGUGUGAAGCGAAGAAUGGAUCGUCACACAGCUUCAGUAGCGCUACAUUUUGUCCGCAUUGCAGCGCAAGCGAAAAAUGUUGCACUACUUGAAGUUGCCGCCAUCUGUGAUAUCCAACCGGAUAAACUGAAAUUGAAAUCGACAUCGUGUCGGAAGCCAAAUUAAGACAACUUUAAAUGCGGGAGACGACUUUCAACGGAGCAAGUCAAACCUUUGCCUCUCGCCACCUCUCGAGGGGACUUAUUUUCAAGUUCCCAUCUCUAGUGAAGUCGCUUUCUAUUCUGUGCUUCCUUUGCCAUCUAAAGCGAACGACCCAAACUGUCGCUGAGAGAUUCCCGAGCAUUGAUGUUUGAGUGCUAGCAAUCGACCCCAUGAAUGUGAUAAUUGUUACCUUUCAUUACCUCUUACUACACUUACUUUCAAACUGAUCUGCUAUCGUAACUAUCGAACUGAACUACUGUCUAUCUAUCUAUUUAUCUGUUACCUCUUUUUUAUUUACUUUCGAAUGUGUAUAAAUUCUCUCAACUAUAAAAAAUGAAAGCUUUACUUGAUCUAUCUCCCUCUUAGUCAUCUGCUUUAAACAAAAUACGAGCAAACAUGGAAAUGAUAAUUGUUUUAUAUAAAAUAUGUGUAUUUUUAUAAACAUUAGAAAAUUGCAUCCACCCGCCUCCCCCAAGGGGAGAAACGAGGAAAGCAAACUCAAAAAAAUAUCGAACUGUAAAUA